AUGGCAAAUGUAGGAGGUAAUGUAGCAAAAACAUUUCGUGAUAAAUUUCGUGUUAUUCAUAAAGAAACAGUCCAAUGGUUUCCGGGUCACAUGCGAAAAGGUCUACGUCAAAUGCAACAAAAAUUAAAAAGUAUUGAUUGUAUUAUUGAAGUACAUGAUGCAAGAUUACCAUUAACUGGUCGUCUACAAGAAUUUCGUAAUACAGUUAGUGGUUUAAAACCUCAUAUACUUGUAUUAAAUAAAAUGGAUCUUGCUGAUAUGUCAAAAGAAUCAAUAAUACGUAAAAAAUUAAAAGCCGAGGGUUAUGAUAAAAUAAUAUUUACAAAUUUUAAAGAUCAAACAUGUCAAGGAAUGAAAUCAUUACUUCCAAUAUCUGUUGAAUUAAUUGAACAAUCAAAUCGUUAUAAUCGUAUGACUGAAAUUGAAUAUGUUACAAUGAUUAUUGGUGCACCAAAUGUUGGUAAAUCAUCAUUAAUAAAUCGUUUAAGAAAUAAUUAUUUACAUAAAGGUAAUGCAACUGCUGUUGGUAAUCUUGCUGGUGUAACACGUUCAGUAUUAACUAGAAUUAAAAUUAAUGAAAAACCAUUAGUUUAUUUACUUGAUACACCUGGUAUUUAUACACCAUAUGUUAGAGAUAUUUAUGCUGGUUUAAAACUUGCACUUGUUGGUUCAUUACAAGAUCAUCUUGUUGGACAAGAAAUUAUUGCUGAUUAUUUAUUAUUUUGGUUAAAUAAACAACGUAAAUUUGAGUAUGUUGAAAAACUUGGCUUGAAGGAGCCAAAUGAUAAUAUCAUUGAUGUAUUGGCAAUGGUUGCAUUAAAAAUGGGUAGAGUUAAAAAAAUUAAAAAUUAUGAUGGACAAUAUAUACAACGACCUGAUUUUGUUUAUGCUGCUGAACAUUUUAUAAGAAUAUUUAGAACUGGUGAACUUGGUAGAAUUUGUCUUGAUGAAGAUAUACUUUAAUUGCUAAAUUUACAAUUUUUUCAUGAUUUUUUUUAUUGUAAAUUUUAAAUGAUUAAUAAAUUUGUUUAUAUUAUAUUGAAAACAAAAAAUUUAUUAUUAUUUCGCAUGUGUUUGGAAAUCAUUGGAGAAAUUAUUUAAUUUAAUUUUUUUUUUUUGAAAAUCAUCAGUUGAGAUUGAAUUGAGAUUUUAAAAUAUUUAGAAUUUCUUGAUUGCUUGAGGAAUAAAUGACUCGCCGACUUGUGUUAUUCAAACAAAAAUUUUAUAUUUUCGAAAUAAUUGUGUUAAAAGAAAUCAAACUCAAUUUGUCACUUUUUUACCAAUCGAAAUUAAUUUUUUACAAUAAAUUAUAAUCUUCAAAUCGAAAUCUUUGUUGAUUAAUUAAUUUCAAAUAUAAAAUUAAAUUAUAUAUUAUAUUAUUAAAGUUAUCUUAUUUAUAUUUUUCACAAGGAGAUCUUUGAUAUCCCCACUUUGAAUUUUUCCACCUCUUGAUUUCACCUAGUAAUAACAGUUAUUCGUGACUUUCACAUUACUUAGUAAAUAUUCUUUGACACAAUAACAACGAGUUUAAAAAUUAUCCAAAAAAUAUAAACUAAA